AUUAAAGCUUGUAUGUUCAAAAACAAAGAGAUUCAUUUUUAAAGACGCAGUAAGCAGAGACUCCAGGAAGUCACUACACCAGACUAAGAAAUAGUCUGGCAGAUAACCGCCCGUAUAACACAGCUCACCACUUUCAGAUUUGACUUUUUCUACUAAGCAAGAUAAAAUGUGUCGACUAUUGAGCUUUAGAGAUGUUGGUAGUUGUGUUUAGUUGGCUUCAGGCACAGCCCGGCUAGCUGUUUACCCCUGUCUCCAGUCUUUGUGCUAAGCUAAGCUAAGCUAAAGGUCUUCUAGCUGUAUAGCUUCAUAUUUACAGACAUGAGGAUGAUUUAGAUCUUCUCUUCUCAAAAAGGAAAUAAGCUUAUUUCUGAAAUGUAGAACCAUCUCUUUAAAUAAUAAAGAAUGUCACUGAAGCUUCAACUUUCAAUUGGAACUAAAGGAAGAUAAAGAUAAAUCACAAAUGUUGCUCUGAAUGUUUUCUUUGUAUUCUGGUUAUAUAUAUAUAUAUUAUAGAUGGCAAAGGAUUAAUGAUCCUGUUGGUGUUUACCUUUGAUUGUGGUUGAUUACGCACAGAACCAGUUAUUUUCGGCAAUCAGGGUUGUCAUCACUGCUGCCUCCCCUUCCUUCUGUUUAAAUUGAACAGGUGUGUAUUUUAAUGAAACAAUGCAAAUCUAACACCUGCAAAAUGAGAACCGUAAGCGUGUACAGUGCUCAGGUCACCGUAACGUUAUACAUGUUGAGCUUUGUUUUUGCCAUGCCAGGUUUACUGUGAAUCACGGUUAGUGAUGGGUGAAGAAAGACUACUGAUGACAUAUAUUUAAUGUCUAUUAAAGGGUUUGAUUUUGUUUUUUUAUGUAUGUACAAUUCUUUUAUUUUAGCAAUAUGCAAUUGAUUUAGUUUGAAGCUGUGUGUUUCAUUAUUAUUGUGUAAACGCUGCACUUUACACAUUACCACUGGAGAUAAAAAAGAGAGCCGGACAUCGUCAGUACAUCCUGGCUGCCCUGUCGGGUUGUAAUGUAUCUCAAAGAGGCCGACAUUAAGCAUUUAAGCCAAAUGAGCUGACAUCACGUGUCGUGGCGACGCGAUCUGUCACUCAGAACUGUUAAAUGUCGUAUUCUCAGAAUGUCGUAUCAACGUCUAAACGUGGCGACUUUGUUCACACCUUGAUAGAACAAAAUCUGAAGACACGAGGGUUGAACUGCUGGAACGAGAUCGCUUCUGUUCGCCUGUAGCAAGAGAUGAGGCGGGUGCUUCUUUAAGGUGUUAUUUUUCACGUUUUGUUUCUUUAUGGCUACUGUGGAACUUGAGACAUUUUGGAAAAAAAUGUUGUUUAUUGUUUUAGCCUCUUUUUGUUAAUGAUGCUGUAAUUAUAAAACAUCUGACUGGGGUUAACUUUAAUAUAUGUCGUUGGUUUUGAUCUUUUGUGUUUCUGUGUGUUUCUUUGAGAGCACAAGCUGACCUCAUUUACUGAAGUACUGUACUUCAGUGCAAACUGGAGGAACUUGUAUUUGCAUUUCAUGCUACUUUAUACAUUUCACAGGGAAAUAUUGUACUUUGCAUUGCACUACAUUCUCAGAUUUUACAUCAUCAGUUUCUAAGAUAGGAUGUAUUUUUGAUCAAACUACAAAACAGUAUAAAAUACCUCCACCUCAACCAACUACAGCUGUAAAAUAAUACUUACACAUGCAACAUUAAUAGUCCAUUAAUAAUCUGCAGUGUGUGGCCCGCUGUUAUGGUAUAACACUCAUAAAGGCCAUUUUAUUCUGCACUAAAAGUACUUCUACUUGAUACUUUCAGUACAAUUUGCUAAUAAUACAUAUGUACUUGUAUGACAUUUUCAAUGCUAGACUAUUACUUGUAAUUUAAUAUUUUUUAUAUUGCACUCCUUCUACUGUUACUUCAGUAAAGGAUCUGAAUACUUCCUCCAUUACUUCUACACACAAGAAAAGAGAAGUUUUUAGUAUUAUGACAGCAUUUAUCUUUCACAUAUUGACAUUCUGAAUAUUUGUCACGAUUUUAAACAUUAACAUUUAACACUUAAGCAAUAACACCAUUGUAAUCAAUACACACAUUGAGACACAGCUCAAGUAACAGUUGAAGGCUUUCACAUAAAAGGUUUGGUGCAAAAAUGGAGCAACCAAAGAUGUUUGAUAUACUGUAUUAUAAAAUAAUAUAUUAUCAUUUACUGCCAGUCAAUUGUGUUUGAACUAAAAAGAAAAGACAUUUGUGAAUGUGUUGAAUUUGAGGUUCAAUCUCACGCAAAGUAAUUCUAAUUAAUUUUAAAUACCAUCCUUUCUGAUCUUUUUGCAGCAAGGUAGCUUAAAAGAAUAGAAACACAAUAAGACAAUUGAAUACAUUAAAAGUGCUGCUACCAUGCAUGCAUCUUUAAAAAUUAAAACUAAGAAAUAUAUUAGUGAAUAGAAUAUAUGUGAUUGUCAUUUUACUGGACUUGAUACAGACAUACUUUGUAAUAAAAAAAUGUUUUUUUGUAUAAUAUAAGAACAAAAGUAUACCUCCCUUUAUUAAGUAAAGGCUAAAGAAUCUGAAAGCUUAUUUUAAUUUUUUUCACAGUAUUUACAACAAUAAAAAACUGUUUGAGAUUUAACCAGAAUGUUUUGACAGGCAGUACACAUCCUGAAAAGUUGAGCUCACGUUGUCAGGUUUGUACUGAAAUGUGUUCAAAUGAUGAUCAAGACAUUCAGGCAUUUAAAUUAAGGGCAAAAUGCAAACAACACCUCUGGAUAACUUGUGCUGCAAAAAGUAUAAAUGAGUCCCCAAGUAAUGCUUUGAAUAAAAAAAUGCUCUCACUAGCAAACCUCUCACUAAAACGACAUGCAGUCGAGUGACUUCCUGUCCUUUAAGAUAUCAGUGAACAGCCACUCAUCCUCAUUGGGCGGUGUUGGUAUGGGACGGUGCUCAGGAUUAUGAAGCGGUACAGAGAAUGAUUGAGCUACGCCCUCAAAUGGUGUAAAGUUUUGGUUAUUUACCAGCAUACAGGGACUCUCCACCUGAGGAUGCUGGUACGUCUGCAGCUCCGAGGUGUAGUAGUGGUGGGUGAUCGAUGUGGGGAACUUGUUUUGAAGGAUGUCUGUCUCUUGGUUUGGCUUAAAAUGGUUAAACUGUGUCUCUGCAGCGUCUUCAUUUUGUUUCGGCGCCUGCGAGUUCCUCUGAUCACGCAGAAAGUGGUUUGUGGACAAUCCUUGAUCUCCAUGGCAUCUGUAUUGAUAUCUGUACUCACCUGUCUCACAGUGUAGUUCCUCCAGCUCAGAUCUGUUGCUGAAACUUUCUGACUGAGCUGCAAAUCCCACAUCAUCGGCACCGACUUCCUGCCGAGCGUCACCUUGGCAUGCACAGAUACUUUCAAAAUAGGCCUCUAGAUCCGUGCAGCCUCCUAAAUCCUUACUGCCAACGCUAAAAAGAUCCAUGAUAUCGGUCCACUGACUCUCUGAAAUGCCAGCGAUGCUCUUCUGGCCCUGCAUGCAGGUCGAGAUGUCUGUGAACAUCUGGAUCGAGAAGUCGCACAAGUCGAGAGACAACGGAGAGAGCUCUGGAGAGAAGGAAGGAGAGGUGCCCACAUUUUGGUUGAACUGGAUGAAACCUGAGUCCUGAGUUGUUUGAGAGUCUUCUGAGAGGUUGUUUGCUGACUUAAGAUGACUUUCAUCAUCGUGACGCUCAGUAUGAAGGAGCUCUGCCCUGUGGUGAUAGUCUAUACUUUUUGGGGAGCUCAUAGAUGACAACGAUGAUGAUAGUUGAUUUCUAGUCUCUUUUUUCUGUCUCUCUUUGCUCUGGUUGGUCUUUCUAGUAGUACAAGUGGUGCGCUGUGAUUUGGGGUGUCGUUUCCAAAGAUGUCCUGAGUCUGGCGGCUUCUUUUCACUGAGUUCAGUUUCAUGUGAGGCAACAGAGACGUCACUCUUGGCCUUACAGAUGCCACCUACAUCUGUGUGAGCACUGCAUUCAUCUGGGUCUUGAUAACCACUUUGGGGGCUACCUGACUGGUCAAGUGUCUCUGGCUGCUGUGAUGUCGGGGAGGAGACAUUUUUUUCCUCAUCCUUGAAAUAAAGAGCAGAUGCCAGCCGAUGGUUCGCUGCCUCGAUGUCUGCAAACUUUCUGUUGAGAGAAACACACGAGGGGACACGGAAAUAUUGAACAACAGUUGUCUAGUUUCUGUGUAACCUCAAAAGAAUAAAUUCACAUUUUGGGGAAACUGGCUUUCUUGCCGAGAUUGAAAUGGAAAGAUUGAUACCACUCUCAUGUGUGUUAGCAGGUUAGCUUAGCACAAAUGCUGUUGAACAUAAUGUUGAGUUUUUUCUGUUUUCCAUUUUACUAUCAGUUGAUUUCAGUGCUUGUCUGAUGCUUCCACACACCUCUGGAUCAUGUUGUGCAGGAAGCGACGGUGGUUGACCUGCCGUUUGGAUGGUCGGUUCUUCCGGGGUUUCUGAAGAGUCCUCAUCAUGUGACCCGCUGCUGAAGUUACAAAGGUGUAGAGGUCUCGACCCCAUGGCACUCCUCUCUCCAACCCGGGCUCAAGAGUCACAGAGAUCGAUGGUCGCAUGGCUGAAAGAGAGAGACACGUUUAAAGAGAACGAGACAUAAAAGGAUUAAGACAUGAAAGGAUAAAAAAAAAAGACAAUACUGUGAUUAUCAGAUCAAGUGAUUUGCACUUCGAGUGAUUUAACAUGAGAAAAAUGCCAUUAACAUCACAUUAAUUACAUUUAAUACAUAUUAGAAAUCUAAAGCAACAAAACAGCACAUAGCUCUCUUGGAAAUAAACUAGUUUCAACAUGUUAUGAGUUGAUAGUCAUCUUAUUUACAAAUUGUAUACAUUUGUACUUGUGUAUCUCCAUUUUUGGCUAAAACACAUUUCAGAGUAAAACCUUUUUACGCUAUUACAGUUGUUUCACAGCUGUAGUUAGUUACUCUGCAGAUUAACACAAAACAUAUGCUGAGUUUAUAAAAAACAAUGCAUUAAUCUACUCAAAAGUACAGUAUAUGAGUUAAAAAUGGAUUCACCUCAACCAGCUGCGACAUAACAGGCUGCUGACACAUUAAUGGGAAUACUUACCCAAAAAUAUCUGACAUAAAUAAUAAUAUAACACCUAUAUGAACCAUUUUCUUUAGAAAAAUAUGAACUUUUACUUAAAAUCUUGAAUUGAGGACUUGUACAUGUAAUGAAGUAUUUUUACACUGUGGUAUUACUAAUUUUGCUUCAGUAAAAGAUCUGAAUACUUGUCACCCACCGCCACUCAUUACUGUUACACUAGAGGAUUGAAACAUUAAAAACAUGCUGUAGCUGCUGUUUGUUGUGUUUUGCUUUGUUCCAUUCAGUUCAGCUCAAUAGAAAAAUAAAAUAAAAUCCUGUUUACCUUAUUCCUCGUCAGGUUGUGGCUGUGUGUCUUCAAAUCGACGAACUGCACUGAGGACUCAGCUUGAUGGUGGCGGGCUGCCUCAGAGGGAGAGAGAGGAGUGAUUCGUCUCCAGCGGGCUGAUAAAGGUCUUAUCACUCGUUCGCUACAACAUUGGCAGAACUUUGACCUGGUGAGAAGACCUUCGUCUCAGCUCCUCCUCCUCCUCCUCAUCCAACAGAACCAAUCAGAAAAGAGCUUUGUGUCGCUUUGAGCUUUGGAAAUAGGAGGGGUUGAGAAGAGCUACGCUGAAAGAUUUUGCACCAUGAACCGGGCCUGGGCUGUGUUCAAGGCUCAUCCGUACAUCAGUAACGUCCUGGGAUACACAACGCUGUUCGCCUCUGCUGACCUCAUACAACAGCGUGUGCUGGGUGGGAAACAUGCUGCAGGAUCCGCAUCAGAGGAUCCAGCUGGCAUCAACUGGUGUCAGACGGCUCGAGUGGCGACUGUCGGCUUCUGUUUCCAUGCGAACUUCAACUACCACUGGCUCCGAUGGCUGGAGAGGAUGCUGCCCGGAGGCGGAGUCAAGGCAGUGACAGGGAAAGUAGUGGUGGAUCAGCUGAUCGCAGCUCCUCUCACUAUCAGUGCCUUUUAUAUUGGUUUAAGUCUAUUAGAAAACAAAGACGACCCGCUAGAAGACUGGAGACAGAAAUUCUGGACAUCUUACAAGACUGGAGUGGUGUUUUGGUCAACAAUGCAGGCAGUGAACUUUGCCCUGGUCCCCCCUGUGGCACGGACAGUGUUCCUGGGAGGCAUCGCAUUGGUUUUCACUAUCUUCCUGUGUCACCUCAGACAGCAGAGUGGCCACAAACCUGAAUAAACUGGAGAGAACUUGAAUGACUGACAUUAGAAAAGGUUUAUUUAAGAGAAGAAUUUAGUUGUAAAGUCAUUAACUGAGAAAACAAUGGAAUAAGAUAAAGGUCACAUCUAUGUGAAUCAACCUGCAUGGGUUAUUGUUGUUAUUUUCAUGUCUCCUAACAGAAUACUGUAUCCAAAUGUAAAUUACAAUGAUCCAUCAGAUUUAAGCAUUGCUGGUACUCAUUUUGUAAUUUUCUCUGAGAAAACAGAGAACAACCAAGCUGUUAAGUCCUCGUUACAUUUUGUCUGUGUGCUGUGAAUAACUUUGUUGAUG